CUAACAGGCGCCAAAAUUAAAUGGCUUCCCCUUGUCAUCUCUGGAGCCCGCACCGAGCUCCCAUAGAUAAGACACAGACUCCCUGUGAGGUCCCUCACGCCGCAUCCCGCGCUUUUUCCUCAGCACUCAGCCCUCCUUUUCCGCCAGUCACGUUGAGCUCUCUCCCUGCCUUCUUGCUCGUUCUCCGCAGUGUCCUCCCGCCCUCUCUCCCUGUGAGUCUCCCCGGUCUAUCCCUUCCCCUGGGCGCUCCAGGGCUCCGCCUUUGUUGAGUCCAACCGAGAACUCGGCCCAGCCUCUCCUUAUAUGGCUGAGGACUGACGGCAGCAGUGUGGAGGCUGGUCUGAGGGAAGGGAAGCCCACCUUACAUUGUUACUAUCCCCUGCCUGGAAUGUGAUGUCUGAGCCCUGCACUGCAGGGAAGGGAAGAGAAGGGGGAGACAGAGGAUCCGAGCAAAGGAAAUCGCUUCUCUUGGGGACUGUACACUCUCUGGCUUGGGAUUGUUGAGCUUUCCUUGGCGAGAUAGAGAUACAGAAAACUGAUGUGUACUGGCCCUUCUCACAACUGGAAUGUAUAACGCUUGACAGGUUAAGAUGGUCUCUGGAUGUCCUACAAAUUGUGCUUAUCAAGAGGAGAAAGGAUAAUCCUAAAAACUAGCAGAACCUUAAAUUUAUGGUUAAACCAUUAAAAAAAAACUCCUGAAAGUCAUUGUUUUUGUAGGGGAAAAAAUGGAGCAUUCAAGUCGUCAUUUACGUUUUAAACUACAAAGUCUUGGUCGACGUUUGGAUGAUUUGGAAGAAGCAACGAGAAAUCUACAGAAAGCAGAAGAUGAAGUUCUCGACCUCCAGGAUAAAAUUAUACAGGCAGAGGGGAGUAACUCAAGCAUGUUAGCAGAAGUGGAAGCUUUAAGAAAAAGAGUGGUAAAGAUUGAGGGAAAAGAUGAAGAAGUGAAGAAAGCAGAGGAUUUGUGUAGACUGAUAAAAGAGAAACUGGAAAAUGAGGAAAAUAUUACUCGAGAGCUUAAAGUGGAAAUUGAGCAGCUUCAAAAACGAAUGGGGGAGCUUGAGAAGCUCGAAGAGGCUUUUAACAAGAGCAAAAGUGAUUGCACGCAACUAAGCCUUAGUUUGAAUGAAGAAAAAAAUAUGUCAAAGAAGUUAACGUCUGAACUGGAAAUACUUAAAAUUAGAGUUAAAGAACUGGAAUCUUCUGAAAGCAAACUGGACAAAGCUGAACAGUUUUUAACAAGUGAGCUGGACAAAAUUAAGUCUUUGAGCCUCAGUUUUGUUAAUGAAAAGAAGCAAUUGUUAGAAAGAGAAAAGCAGAAUGAAAAAUUAAUUUUAGAACUUAAAGAACAAUUAGAGUUGAAAGGGAAAAUGACAGGGGAGCAAAGUAGAAAUGAAUCAAAUGCCUUGGACAGAUCCACUGAUCAACAUGUAGAGCAUAACAAAUUUAGGAUUGAAGACAGUCUAACUUCAAAAUCAUUGCAAAGAGUUGGAUUUGAUUACAUCAAGCAGUCAGACAUCCAGACAAGCAGCAACAAUGAAAAUGAGAAAAAUAAGUACCAAGAAGACAAUAAAAUAAAAGAACUUAACCAAGAGAUUGAGAAACUUAAGAAUCAGCUUAAACACUAUGAGGGACUUGAGCAAGAGUUGAAACAGCUUAAAGAAAAACACUGUGAACUACAAGGAAGCUAUAUUAGUGAACAGAAUAAAACCAAACUGGUUACUGAAGAAUUGCAGACUUUACAAAGACAAACUAGUCUGUAUAAAGAGAUUGAAAAUGGGAUUAUUGAAAGUGAAGACCUAAUAUCACAAAGUAGAGUUAAAAAUGAGAGAAAAAGUAAAGCUGCAUCUACUGAGUCCCCCGUUUCUAAAUAUACUUCACAAGAUUUAUCACCUCAAACAUUGAGAAAUGAUAGGUUUAAAAAUUCAGAACUUCUCAAGAAACAACUAUCAAAUUCUAGUUCAAGCAGUAGAAGGACCACAAGGUCCACUCUUCUUGAUACAACUGGAAAUCUAAAGAAAGAGGAGAAAGUGGUGCUCUCUUAUAUUUCAAGUGGUAAAGAUUUUACCAUAAUGCCUAAUGAUACUAAAAAAUCUAAAGACCAGCCAUCCGUUUUAAGCCGAUAUCCACCAGCUGUUCAAGAACAAACCUCUCAGAAAUCCUGGAAAACUUCAACAUCAAAGCAGUCAGACAGAUCAAUGAGGUUUUUUGGUGAAGAUUAUUCCAUUAAAGCUUACCCAAAGAAGGAGAUUUUAUUAGAAAAUGAAGAUGCUGAAAAGGGGACGUCUGGUGAUACUUCAGAGAAUACAGUAUACCCCGAGGAAACUAUUUCUACUGAGAACAGCUUGUCAACUUCACCCCUGCACCCAGAAUUGUGCCCAGAACGUAAUAAUGCUCAAGCUAACACUGAUAUGGUAUUUGAAUCAAAAUUAGUUAACACAGAUGUGGAAAGAAAGUCCUCUUCCUAUGAUAGACUAUCUAGAUAUGGAGAUAUUUUAGACAGAGAGGACAGUGUCACAAAUGUUUUUUCUGUUGAAAACACUAAAUCAACCAUUUUAAAUCAUGAGGAAAUUGAUCCUCAAACAAGUCUGACUUCAAGUACUCACAGAUCUUAUUAUAGUAGGGAUAAAACAAAAGCUAGAGCCACAAAACCACAAAUUCCCGAAAAGCCUCAUAAUUUAGAAAUGUCAGACCACAGAGAUUCUGAGAGAAGGACUAGGCUUUCGGGACUACACUCCAAGAGACAGUCAAGAUCUAGGGAAAAAGUAUUAAGCCUAGAUAGUACUAGACAUUCCUCUUUUGAAAAUCACAGCUAUUCCAGUCAUAUGGAGACAGGGAGUUUAAGGAAAAUGUCUUCUGAUGGAUUAGACAAUACAGAAACAAAUUCUGCAAUGCCGCCAAGAUCAUGCAGUCCACGAGAAGCAUUACAAUCAAGAGUGGUUAUUAAGCCCAUUAUAAUUGAAAGAGAUGUGAAGGAAAGUAUGAGUGACUAUAGAGCAAGGUCCAGCUCUGAUGUGAACAGAACACCUAACAAAGUCAGUAGUAUAAAAAUUUACCCAUCUGAAACCACAACUUCCCGUACCACAGAUGAAAUCACUAGAGAAAGACAUACUUCUACAAGUAAUAUUAGACUGUCUGCAAAUGAUCAGCCGAUUUUAAAGAACAACAUCCGUAUUCCACUUGAAAUCUCUUUAAACAAAGAUGAUCUGAUCUUAAAAGUGGCAGAUAAGGACAUGGCUUUGAAACACAGGGAUAUAACUAAGAAUCUGGACCAAAUUAAUAAAAAGGAUAAGGUCAAGGAAAAUGAUUCAAGUAUAGAAACAGUCACAUGGAAAAGUCAUGACAUUGGAGGAACAAAUCAUUUUGACAGUAAAAGUGCAACAAAUAAAAGCUCUUGGAGGAAAGGUGGUUUUGGUUCCACAGAAGAACUGGACCAGCUCAGUAAUGAAAAGGAUGACUUGGAUUUUAAGUCAAGGCGAAAAUCAUGUUUUGAUGGUGAAAAUCCGCCAAGGUCACGUACUAGUGAGCUUUAUUCAAGAAGUAAAGUUUCAAGUAUGAACAGUUACAGUAGUACCCCAGAUUUUAUCUCUAAAAGGAGUCAAAGUAGUUUAAGUGCAACAGAAAUUAUUGCCAGACGAAACUCUCCAAAUAUGUCUGUAACAUCGGGAAAGGCUUCCUGGCAUCAUCGAUCAAGUUUUGAGGUUGACGACAAUUUCAAUUCUAGAAGAAAAUAUUCAAGCGAAAAUUUGUAUAGAACAGACACUGCGGGAUGGAAACAAAAUACAAAUGCAAACCAGAGGCAUCAAAAAAGCAUGGUGGAAGAGCGCAUCCGACAGUUAGAGCACUAAGUUGCGAAGAUAUAAGGGAAUUCUAAGGUCUAAUAAAAAAGCUGAAGAUGACACUGUGUAUGCCUGUUGGGUUUUCCAGCAAUGUGCACUUCCCAGUAUUAAAAAGGACCUCAGCCAUCUUGUUUGAUCGUGCCCCCCUUCCCCUUUUGCUUUUUGUUAGCUUUAUCAAUGAAAUUGUCAAGGGAAUUACUGCAUGAUCUCUCAGGGUAAAAUAAGGGCACAUAUACUGCAACUGUAUAUAAAUCUAAGUACUGAAAUAGCUUUUUGCUGGAUAUAUAAAUAAAUAUAUAUAUAUAUAUAUACAGAGAGAUUUUUAUAUUUUGCAAACCUGGCUUGCAUGGCUACUGCUUUUAAUUGUGUAGGUACUGAAAGUACAAUGUUAUAAAAAUCCACUUUAACUUAUAAAAUAUGUGCAGGGAAAGCAGGAAAUUGUGGCGCAAGCAUAUUUUCUGUACAGUCUGGUUGUGUAAGUGAACACUAAGCAUGUAACUUGUAUAAAUAUCAGGUAAAUGUAUUGUUUCCUGCAGCACAUUGUAUAUGUAUAUAGGAGCAAGAAACAGAUUCUCGAGAGCAUGUUUAAACCAUUGCAUUUGUUCCACAUCCAGCAUUUUUACAUUUGUCAUAGAUGCAGUCUUAUAUUGUCUUCAAAGUUGUUGUUUUUUUCUUUUGUUUUUAAACAUGGUUUAUUUUAAUUAGAAUCAGUUGUAUACAAGACUACUAAAUAAAAUGUAUUAUGUCUUAUGAACUAGUAUUUAAGAUUAUCGCAGUGGGGAAAAAAAACCAAAGGAAUUGUUUGAUUUGCAUCAUGUGCACUUAAAGAGUGUGGCGUGUAUUAAAAGUGAAUUUGAUAGAUAUAUAUAAUCAUUGGUCAUCUGCAAAUACUAGGCACCAUCAAUGCUGUGGUCUGCAUAAAUGUAAAUAUAUCAAUGUCCCAGCAAAAUUACUAGUUCCUAAAGCACUAGUUGGAGAUGUAGUCAUUAAAUUUUGAGCCAUGACAUACAUAUUUUAAUGGGCCUUGUUGUACAGUGGAGAGUAAAGGCUUACUCCCUUGGACCAGCAGAUCAUUUUGAGGAUCUUUAUACCAGUUAGUCUUAGUCUUAAUAUGCAAUAUUUAUUUGUACAAUAUCAAUUCUAAUAACUGUAUUCAAAUUGGCAAAUUAAUUUGAGAUUUAUUAGGCCAGGUUCACACUUGGACCAUAAUUUCCAUCAUUCUGCUUUGUUAUAGGAGCAUAACAAUGAAAAUAAUGGUGUAGUCGGAUCAUUUACAUGCCAACAUACAACACUCAACAUUCUGCGAUAAAUUGGUGUUUCCGGUGCAAUCUAGGACUGUAGCUCCUAAUGGCACCUUAGACAAAUAUGUGCAAAGGGCCUACUAUGUCUAUUGCCUUGUAAAUAAUCAUCAAAGUUAAGCAAGGGCUUAACUUUGGAGAUAAUCAGUUAGACUGGGUGAGGCUAGGUUCACACUACGUUUUUGCCAUACUGUUUUCAAUCCGUU